AUGUCGCAGUAUUGCUUCCCCUUCAUAUCACUGCUGCCUCUCUUCUCUUCCUUCACGCCCACCCUCUGCUGCCUCUCUUCUCUUCCUUCACGCCCACCCUCUGCUGCCUCUCUUCUCUUCCUUCACGCCCACCCUCUGCUGGCUCUCUUCUCUUCCUUCACGCCCACCCUCACCUCCCCUUGUCUCACUCUGUUCCCCCCCACCUCCCCUUGUCUCACUCUGUUCCCCCCCACCUCCCCUUGUCUUACUCUGUUCCCCCCCUCUCUCCCUCCACCCCUGUUCCCUGCUUUCCGACUCACCCCUCAUCCCCUUCCUCCUCCACUACCUACACUUUCCCCUCGCUGA